AUGACCCAUCUGUUAAAAUAUAACAGCCAGCACUUCCGAUGCAAGGCACAGGUGGAGUUUCCGGAGUGUAUUGCGGACCAAUGUUGGAGCAUUGGCCUGGUGCAGGCCUGUGACCGAAUGUACUCGGAGCAUCGUUAUGGACAGGGUGGAAGCUCCUUCUGGGAAUUUCCUCCCUUGAAGAGUGGGCGGCAAAGAAUACUUAAUGACAGCUACAGUGGUAACUACCCCUUUUACAACUUGAACAGUAGCAAAUUUGAGGUGCGGCGAGGAGUUAUCUCUGACAGCUUAAUAUCUCUGACAUACAGAGAUCACUUUUAUCCAACUGUGGGAUGGGAAACCCCCGAUUACGGAGGAGCAAAACUUACAGACAUAAUUCUAAGACAGGAAUUUUGGGUCUGGCUUGUGGCUACCAGGCAUGCUAGCUCAGCUACCAGUGAUACUGUCAACGCUAAAAAGGAUGAAAUGCACAUCCUCAAGACAAUGCGGUGGCGCUACAACCUGCAUAUGACUUUUGAUCCUACGCAGCCAUAUGGGAGACGUCUUCAACGCAUUCACGACACUCAAGAGGAACAACCAGUCAUCCUGGACGGCAAUCAUCCGCGUCUAUCAGCUUCGGCUCUCGGUCCGCCUCAUUGCAAUGACGCCCAGUCUCUCAUUUGGUAUCCCAACAAUCCUAGGGACAGAGCAAAACUCUUAAUCCCAUCGAAGCAGAUCAUUGUGCCCUGGGACACAUGGACAAACGAAAUGUCGCCUGGUCGCCCUCUCAGUCCCAAGAAACCAGACUACUGUAGGUUGGUGGCUAAUGGGUUCACAACACGGAAACCGGUGUGGACAUCAACACAAAUAUCAGGGCCCUGGGCAACCUUGAAACCGGUCCAGCCAAACAACCACGCGUCUCAAGUUCUUCACUGGGCUGAAAGUUCGCGCAUGAACCUGCUAAUGGGAUGA